AUGAGCGAAAGAAACGCUUCCGUUCCGGAGAACAACCCGGAGAACAAUCCGGGUACCCCUCCCCGCAGUCCCCAGGCGGCGCCGCCCAACCGAUUCGGUCCCCUCGACCCCCUCGACCCCCUCAACGAACAAGACGCCUACGACAUGACGCCUCCCUCCUCCCCUCCUCCCCCCUACUCCCCCGCUCCACCCCCAUACGUCCUCUGCACCUGCAGCUCGUGGGAAACCCCCAACACCCUCGAAAUUCUCGGUUUCAACCCCGCCCUCUGCCACGAAAUCUGGCGCAAAUGGCAGCUACACAAGCGCCGAAACCCCGAGAUUUACCAGAACUUGGAUGCGCAGUCGCUCCUCUACUGCUAUUUCUCCUUCACCUUCCAAGCCACCCAGCUCCCGUUCGUAUUCCCCGGGUACGAUCCUCGUCAUUAUCACGCGGAGAUGUGUGUGUAUUUGCAGAGGUGGGGAAUCCGUUGUAAUCCGUAUUGUACACGAGUAUGGAACGAAGAGGAGAGAAGAGCGAUAUGUGUUGAUGCAGCGGCAAGGUGGGUGGUUCUGAGUUUGAGCGAAUACUGCUUGGGUCACCCACCACCGAGAUUUGUUUGGGGUGAUAUGGAUCUUCGCCGACUUCAAAGCUUGUGGUGGAUGACGAGUGCUGCGAGAGCAGUACUCUGA